AUGUCGGACAACACUAUCGUAAAGGGCGUCGCAGGAACCUGCAUCACAUUCUCUUUCAUUCUUGCCGGAAAUGCCAUCACACAGUCGUACAUGACGGUGCCUGCCCUCCUCGUCAACUUCCCUCGCCCAGGCAGCCCCGACCACAAAGAGCGUGCGCAACUUCUAGGCCGCCAGUGGCCUCUGUGCUGGACAGUCGGCAACCAAUUCUUCCGCCCCAUUUCCACCCUUGGCUUCCUGGGUUAUGCCUACGCCGGCUACUCAGUCUACCGCGAGGGCAUGCUCGCUCGCAGCGACUGGAAGUUGUUUGGUGUUGCGGCCGUUAUGCACUUGACGACUAUCCUGCACUCGGCUCUCAACAUGCAGCCGUUGAACGACAAGCUCGAGGCGUUGGCGGAGAGGAGUAACGAGAAGCAGUUGGGCGAGGCGGAGAACAUUGCUAUGAAGUGGGCGAGCUGGAACAGGCUGAGGUUGGUUACACCGGUUAUUGCUGGUGGGCUGGCGUUGUGGAACCUGGUAUCCUUGUAA